AUGGCAGGGAGGCAUCAGACUCGUCGUUUUCCUCUUCCAGGAGUUCUUUCAGAGGGUCGAGUCCACUCAUUUGGAAGUUGUACCGAGAGGAAUCCAUUGUUGGAAGACGGUGCUGAAGUGUUUGAGCUUCGACCCCGAGGGAAAGAAAAGGUCCGAAGAAAUACAUCCAAAGACAGACUUGAUGAAAUUAUAAUAUUAACCAAAGACAUCCAGGAAGGUGAUACUUUAAAUGCAAUAGCCCUUCAAUAUUGUUGUAAUAUCUAUCAAAAUUCCAGUCACAAAAAGUAGCUCAUUGACUGAAACACUUUAUCCUCCAAAAGGAAAACAAACUUCACGCCUUGCAUCUGUUCAAUAUGUUUCAGAACAACAGGAAAUUUUGUCUCCUAA